CUCAUUGGGCCAGAGACCCAUGUGGUGUUCAAAGAAGACUUGCCCCUUACAUAACAUACUACCUGCACCUGGUGAGGAUCGGCUAGCAGAGCCCUCAAGGUCUGGGCCCUGGCGAGGGCCACCUGUGGCUCUUCCGAAUGUGUGACCACACAGCUGCUGACUGGCCCAGAGCGUGCUCCCACUGGGUGACAGCGAUGCCGUAGACGGGGAUCUGGCGCGGGUAUCGAGAAGGACAGCUAGAGCCCCUAACCCUGGGCCCGCUGCCCACCUGCUCCCCACUGCAGCUGUGCCCAUGCUGCCGCCGCCCUCAGAGCAGGCCCUGAGCCAGCUGCGGGCUCUCAAGGAGGGCGAGAGCAGAGCCCUGCAGGCCCAGCGCUGCCAGCCGCGGGACGCCGCGCUGCAGGACGCGCACAGCCAGCUGCACCAGGCGCAGGGGGCGCUGCGGCGCCUGCAGGAGGACUUCGUCUACAACCUGCAGGUGCUGGAGGAGCGGGACCGCGAGCUGGAGCGCUACGACGCGGCCUUCGCCCAGGCCCGAGGGCUGGAGGAGGCGCGGCAGGCGGAGGUGAGCGAGCUCAGGGUGGAGGCGGCCCGGCUGAGGCAGGCGCUCGCCCGCGAGGCCCGGCGUCGGGAGGACCUGCAGCGGCAGCACCAGCUGAAGCUGCAGGAGCACCGGCUGGAGCUGGAGCGCAUCCACAGUGACAAGAACAGCGAGAUGGACCAGCAGCGGGAACAGUACGAAAACCUGAAAUGGAAGCUGGAGAGAAGGCUCGAGGAGCUCGAUGGCGAACUUGCCCUGCAGAGGAAGGAGCUGCUGCUGGAAUUUGAGUCUGAAAUGCAGAAGAGGGAGCACGGGUUCCGCCUGCAGGCGGACAGCAUGAGCAACGUGGUCUUGACUCAUGAGCUCAAGGUAAAACUGCUGAACAAGGAGCUCGUGGCUCUGAAGGACGCGGCCGCACAGGCCGCGGAGUCGCUGCGGAGCGCCGAGGCCGCCAACGCGGGGCUUGAGGAAAAGCUGCAGCACAGUGGCCAGGAGCUCAGGGACCUGGCCGCCGCCAAGGACGCCCGGAUAAAGGACUUAGAGGGCAAACUAAACUGUGUGCAGCUCUCCAGGAAGAAGGAAGAGGAGGUGUUCAGGAGGAAGCAUGAGGAGCUCGACCAUCUGGCCAGGGAGAGGGAUGUGGUGCUGGCGGCUGUGAAGGGCGCCCACGCGGAGCAGCUGCAGGUGCUGGAGGCCAGGGCCCUGGGGCUGCAGGCCCGCUGUGAGGCCCUGGAGCUGCAGCUCCGCAGGGCGGAGUGGAGGCAGGUCGAUGCCCUGAAGGAGAAGGACGCCGCCAUGGACAAACUUCGGGAAGAUGCAUCAGCUCUAAAAUCCGGCUGGGAUGCCCAGAUCGCUCAGCUGUCCAAGGAGAUGAUCUCCAAGGACCUUCAGCUUCAGUCGCUGCAGGAAGAGGAGGUAGAACUCAAGGCACAUCUGGCCAGAUGCCAGCAGGACAUCGGAAGGUACAAACAGCAGCUGUCCGCGGCCGCGGAGAGGGAGCGGUGCCUGGAGCGCGAGAAGGUGCAGCUGGAGCUGGACUGGCGGCAGCGCUGUGACGGUGUGGAGAGAGACCACUACCGCAAGUCUGAGGACCUGAUUCAGGCCCUGACCGAGGCGCGGGAUCAGGUUGCUGCCAAGCUCCAGGAGACCGAGCGGACGCUGCGUGGCCAGGAGGUGGUGCUGAAGGCCUUGACCCUGGAGAGAGACCAGGCCGUGCAGGCACUGAGGACACAGGGGCUCCUUCCUGAGAGGGAGGUGCAGAUGCUCCUAAGGCAUCACGAGGAAGAAAUAAGGGGAAGUUUUCCGUCUAGUGAGAUCCAGAGGCUCCAGGAGCAAAACACAAGCUUACGAAGGGCUGUUUCAGAGAUGAGGAAAGAAAUGGAGACCCUGAGUGACCUCGUUCUUCCUCCUGCCCCGUCAGGGGGUCAGUCCUCCGACACAGAGCAGCCCCGUCCAAGCCCAGAGGCAGCAGCUGAGGCUCCUGAUCACGUUACAGUCCUUGAAACAGAAAUACGAAACCUAAAGCAUAAAUUUAAAACCUUGGAAGAACAAGUAGAAGAUGUGUUAGAUCCUUCCAAGAGGCCCUCCUCUUACACCGACUUUCAGCCCAGCGUCUGCAUCUCGGCCGGAGUCCCUGGAGGAGCCGUGUCAGCUGAUGGUUCACCCAUUGGGCUAGCCCUCAGGAGGCUCAGGGACAGGGCACAUCUCACGAACUUCCUGGUGGCCCGGCUCAGGCGGAAGCUGCUGCAGCGACCCCUGGACAUGGACACCGUCCAGCGCGAGCUUCCCCGUGAGGUGGGCCAGGUGCACCUGGAGGUUUCAGAGCUGCGGAAGCAGGUGGCUGAGCUGGAGGAGCAUCUCGGGAGCAGGCCGCAGUUGCAAGCCUUGGACAAGGUGGCCCCUGGGAAGGAGGUCCCUGCAGACCAAGGACCCACAGGGGCAGAGGACCAAGGGCCACAGCCCCCACAGGCCUUGUCUGUGCCCCAACUCCAGAGGAAACUAAAGGAGGCAGCUCGAAAAAUCCUCCGCCUCUGCCUGGAGAAAGAACAGCUCCUGGAGAUGGGGAACAGGCUCCGUGCAGAGCUGGGCCACCAUGCCCCAGGGAAACCGCCUCGUCACCCUCUGCCCACCCCUGAGGCCCAGAACAUGAGUGUCGCACCUGAGGCCCCUUUGGGACAGUUGCAACCCCAUUCUGCAGCUCAGAGGCAACACAGAAUCUCUACAGUGACUUGCAGAUCAACUCGGCACAAAGAAAACCGGUCCCCAAAGCCACGCCCAGCUCAAGAAUCCCACAGGGAAAGUGGGCACCGCACCGGAAGCUCCUCAUCAGCGGCCAGCGGCCCCCUCCAGGACACGUGGAAGUUACUGGACCUGGGAUCCAGCCCCUCUGGCCUCACCUCCCAGGACGACUCUGCACCAGUAGAGUUCACGGCAUGUCCAGCAGCCGACAGCCUCGGACACCUGGACAGGAGCCCCGUGGGGACACGGGCAGCCUUUGCCAUCGAAGGGAUGAAGAUGGAAGCGCAGGCAAAGGCCAAGCCCACCAGACCCUCCAGGGCUCACCCUGCAAAAACUAAAGGCUGCCAGAGACCCCCCAAGAUCCGUAACUACAAUUUGAAGGACUGACUUCUUGAGCCUUCCUUCUCCCACGCCCUCCCGCUUCCCCUCCCCUCCCAUGUUGGUGCUUGGGGCCUGCGCUUUCACCAUGCAUCAGGGGGGUGUGUGUGCAAGCACCCACGUGCACGAGGAGAGUGCGAGUGUGUGUGCAUGUGCACAGCUGCAGAGCGGCUUCCCCGGGCUCUGACCGACCCAGGGCCAUGAAAGCCCCUGCCUCCGGUGCUCUCGCUGGGCCCUGGAGUUACUGACCUGUCCUACGGUGCCCCAGUGACAUGGGGAAGGAAGCCAGGAGGGCCCCCGGGGGCGGGGGUCACAGACAGCACGGCCUGAUGAGGGUGUGGGGGCACGAGGAGCAGAAUGCCCACCCACAAAGGAGGCGUUUCCCCACAGAGUGCCGCACGUGGGAGGGGACCUCCUGGAAGAAGGGAGAACCGGGGUUCUGGGUGAGCCAGCGGCCAGACCAGAGGCCUGCUCCCCUGCUCAUGUCAUGUCAUGAUGGGGUGGGGGUGGCACUUCCAGUGCUCGUUGGCCCCGUGAGACCAACCCAGCGGGUCAGUCUGGAGCCUUCCACGUCCGCCCCCCCCCCCCCCACCGCGUAGGACAGUAGUGGGGCAUCCCCGACAGCUAGAUGCCUGGGGUCCGGCACCUGAUACCCUUGCUCCAA